UUUCAUGAGAGCGGCGAUGUUUCUCAAUAUACGGUGGAUGUCAGUGGUGUAAAGUUGAACUUGCCGCCUAUGUUAAACCAGUACAAUGAACUUAAAAUCGGUAGAGAAUAAAAGAAAAUUGACGAAAAAUAGGCGAUAUACGAAAAGAAUCGGCGACUGUUGGCAACGCUGAUGGUCACACGCAGGUGCGUUACUUAGAGUUAGUGCCGGUGAUGGUUUGUGGAUUUUAUUAGGACACCCUCAGGUUGUUAAGAUAAUGAUGGCCCACAAAAAGGAAUACCACAAAGCAAUAUCGCAUUAUGGGUGCCAAUGAAUCAAACGUGAUGCAAGAAAUCGGUGCAAUAAAGUCAAUUUCUGAAUCUGAAUCUCUUAUAAAGUCGACAGACUCUAAGAUGUGUGAUAGCUUUAAAUCAAAAGGGGAGGGCGCUGAUAGUACCUCUAAUGAGGAGGAUAAUAUGGGUAGUUUAUCAAUAAAUGAUGGUGAGGAUUCCACUACGGAGAGCUUACCACCAGCUGAAGAGAUUGAGGAACCACACGAUCGAAGUGAUGGUUCAGAUUCUGGACUGGGGUCUGAAAUUGCUGAGGAACGAGUUGAUAAUCCUGCCGCCAGUGGAACGUUUGAGAGUGAUAGUGAGACUACUUUUGAACGAAUUAAUGAAGAUCCAUCCACCAGUCAACCGAACCAAGAAGACGAAUCCAGCCCAGGUUACCCUCGUCUUCUCACUUCUCUAGUAGCUAAUUUAAAAAGUGAGCCACCCAGGAGUAGCUUAAAAAGAAGACGACCUACAGAAGACGAAGGAACCCCACCUAGAGUGAAGAAAAAACGGGGAAUUACAUUCGAUGGGGUCACGGUCUUUUAUUUCCCGAGGGCGCAAGGUUUUACUUGCGUGCCUUCGCAGGGAGGCUCCACCUUGGGGAUGAGCGCCCAACAUAGCCAAGUUAGGAAAUUUUCAUUAGUAGAACAUGCCAACGAACAACGUAGAAUACAUCGACAGCUUCUUCAACAAUUAAAAACCGACAGAAGCCUAAACACGAGCAUCGGUGGUUUCUCUAGUGACGAUAGCGACAGCGAAGAUGAGAUCAGUGACGCCUCAGAAUCCGAGAUGGACCUUGAUAAUUAUUAUUUCCUUCAGCCAGUACCAACUAGACAAAGAAGGGCUCUACUCCGAGCAGCUGGAGUGAGAAAAAUCGACUCCCUAGAAAAGGACGAAUGUCGAAAUAUUCGUUCUUCUAGGGAGUUUUGUGGCUGUGGUUGCAAAGGUUACUGUGAUCCGGAUACUUGUUCCUGUAGUCAAGCGGGAAUAAAAUGCCAGGUUGAUCGCUUAAACUUUCCCUGCGGCUGUACCAGGGACAACUGCGGAAAUUCAUCUGGCCGAAUCGAAUUCAAUCCAGUCAGGGUCCGGACUCAUUUCAUCCAUACACUGAUGCGACUCGAAUUAGAAAAGAAACAAGAGGAAGACAUGCAAGAAAAAAGAGACCUCGCCUGGAUGACAAACGAGCGACUAGUAUCUCAUAGCUAUCAUCAUAACAAGGAGGACCACACCCAACAACAUUGUAAAAUAGAUGUAAAUAAAUGUAGCGGUAGUCUAUUAAGGGACAUCAACCUCGGUGCUCACGUUGAAGUUGAAAAUUGUGUACAUAAUGGUAGUUAUACCAAUUUGCACUAUGGCGCACCCGGAGAGGGACCCGGGGGUCAGAAUCAACCAUUUUCUGAAUUACCUGCGAGAGAGGACUCGCUUGAUUUGUACACCUUUCGGGAAAGUUGCUACGGAGAAGAAAAUGAUAGGAAACAGCAGCAGCACUCGGCGUCGAUCUCUGCGGCUCCUACGGGCGGCCACCAGGGGAGCUACCCCCCGCCGCACCCCUUCGAUCCCCGCGGAUUCCCUAGUGGAAAUGGGGGAGAUAUGCACCACCACCCUCUCAUCCACCACCAGCCCCACCACCACCAGCAACAGCAUACGUUCGUCGUCGCGACGCAACAACCGGGAGGAGCAGGAGUGGGUGGCUGCGCGACGCCCGCCGUCUCCUCUAACGAAUCUUCAUCAUCUGCCGCCCCCGUCGCCCCCACACCAACCCCUUAUCCCGUCACCUCCCACCACUCCAACGCAUCAUCGGCAUCGGGGCCGAAUCAAUACGCGCAGUUCAGCCACUCGGGGGUGUUCGGGGAGUUUGCGAACUCGACCGGAAGUCCGGGGAACAUGUUCGGUCCGUACACGGGCAUCUAUGGCAGCUUCGCUCAAACCCACCAAUCAAUCACCACUUUCGACCAGUACACCAACGACAGUUACCCGCCAGCAGUAGAAUCAAAAGAAAAUCAGUACACCAACCUGAACAAUGUCGGGGCCAAUUCUAAAUUAGAAUCGUUUUGUGACCACUUGUUAAAUAAUCGUUACUCAUACGCUGGUUACGAGGAAUCAACUUAUGCCAUCUUGAAUAGCGACGAGGCCACCCAAGAUGGCACCGAAAAAACUGACGAUAACGCAGUUCAUUUGACCAAUAAUGAAACUAAAAGUGGUACCGUUGAUGGUACUAAUAGUGGCAAUCCCAAGGAUUGCGACGAGAAUUUCGGUGAAAUUAUUAAGAAAUCUAUAGUAGAAACGGUUUCUGUAUAAAUUUAGGCUAUUUAUUAGAUGAUAUACUGUAAGUUAUUAUUAUUGAGAAUUAUUAUUACGUUCCAUAUAUUUAAUUAUUAUUAAUAUUAUUAAGAAAGUGUAUAAAUAAUGGUUUAUAUAAAAAAGUAGGGAAACUAGAAGAAGUGUUUUAAAAUAAAUGUUGUGAAAAAUAAAACGUUAUUUUUCUA